AUGUCUCACCUGCUGUUUGCCUUACUUUCAUUAUUGUCCUUUGCUGCCCUUCUGGAAGCACAGUGGAAACUUAGGGAAAAUGUGUAUGUCAUAGAAUCUGAGUGGAAUGAUGAGACACCAGCUAAAAGAGUGGAGCUCACCUGUAACACAGCUGAUGAAGCACUGCCAGUUUACUGGGAAAAGGACACCGAACUGCAAGGAACUGGAAAGACUCUGAUUGUUGAAGUGAAAGAGUUCCCAGAUGCUGGCAACUACACCUGUCUGGCAGCUAACACCCAUGAAAUCAUCAGCUAUGAUUUCUUCCUCAUAACUAAAGUAGACUCCAAUGGGCAAAUGCUAAGGUCAAUUCUGAAAAGCUAUGAAGAGCCAAAGAGGACAUUUUUAAAAUGCGAGGCAAAGAGCUACUCUGGAAUUUUCACGUGUUCAUGGAUGACAGAAAUUGAGAGUCCAGAUGCGAAGUUCACAAUCAGAAGUCUGAAAGGCUCUCAAGGAGAUGUAACCUGCAGCAGCCCUGUAGCUCGCACUGAUAAAUCAGGCACUGAAUACACAGCCCAGUGCCAGAAGGAAAACUACUGUCCAUUUGCUGAAGAGCAUCAGCCAAUUGAGAUGUUCCUGGAGGUCAUUGAUGAGCUGGAAUAUGAGAACUACACUAGCAGCUUCUUCAUCAGAGAUAUCAUAAAGCCCGACCCGCCCAAGUGUCACUAUACAGCUGCAAAUGGAACAGUCACCUGGACAUAUCCCAGAACAUGGAGCACACCAAAUUCCUACUUCCCUUUGACUUUCAGGGUCAAAGUUGAAAGUCCAAAGAAACGCAGAAUCCAGGUCUAUGAUGCUGAUGAGCAGUCUAUUCAGAUUCCAAUGGCUGGGCCAAAAGACAAGGUCUCAGUGCGGGCCAAGGAUCGCUAUUACAAUUCAUCCUGGAGUGAGUGGUCUUCACUUUGCAGGUAA